AUGCCUCAAUACAAAGUCAACGACUCAGUCCGCUACAAACCUGUUGGUGGUCCCCAAAGUCACACAUCCGAAACCGUCGGCGUAAUCAAAGAAGUCCUCACCUCUCCCGGAAAUUUGACCGGCCGUCAAGUGCAGGCAUCCGCUGAAAAUCCUCGCUAUGAGAUCGAGAAUAGCCACACCCACAAACGCACCGCAAUCAAGGAAUCAAAUAUCAUUGAACAUUGUUAA